AUGUUUUUCGCGGUAGUGACAAACCAAAUGGAGGAGAGAGUUCUGAAGAAUAAACUUGGCUCCAUCGAGCAAGAGCAGAAGAGACUGAUGAAAAGAUAUCGUUCAGAAACCAGACUUCUCAAAAUUAAGCAGGAACAGCGAAUUGGAAAUCUUUCGCUCAAGAGACAGGAUACAAAAGGCGCUCACAUCAAAGGGAGUCCAAGUCCUAAAUCGUCUGAGGUUUGUAAAUAAAUAAUGCUCUUUUUCUAAGCUUAGUAGGGGGCAAAAGUUAUCUUCAGAAACACAAAAAAUAAUUCCACAGUAAAACGCAGUUUAAAGUGCCGCUAUUGUUGAAGCGUUGCAAUCAUUAGCGAUGAGCUAUAUAUCUGGAAAGUAGUUUGAAGUUCUUUUACUUUGACGUUUUUGCAAUCUACUCUUUUCACGUGAAUUUGUUUGGUUACUGUCUAAUCAAAAGCCUAAAACAUUGGAACAGAAAUGAGACGAAGUUCUGAUUCUUUAGACAAGACAAAUAGACUACAAAUAGAUCGAGAAAAAGACCCAGCUAGCGGGCUGGAGUUAAAAAUCGUGUAGUCAGUUCGUCAACUGGUUUAGUUACGAAGUAAGUUUUUUUUUAAUGGUUAAAUUUGCCGUUUGCCCUUGCUGAAAUAAUUAAACGACAGUAAAAUCUAUAAAAUGCUUGCUUGCGUGCUUUCAUUUAACUUAUAUCAGCCCAUGUUGAUGAGCCCAGCUGCAUAUUAUCACGAUAUAUAGCGGGUUUAGUCUCUUUAUUACUGAAGUAAAGAAUCGUUUCAUCAGGUCUGUGUUUGGUAAUGACGUCAGGGUUUUGUUUCCUGUCGUGGUGCAUACGUAGUAUUCGUAUCUACAGUAUUCGGUCAUCUUUGGGCAACUUGUCGAACCUUUUGGAAUUUACAGGGUCGUCAAUAUAAUUUUUCAGAAAAUUUUAGAUGCAAUUUGAUGCUUUACGACAGCAAAGUGAGAAAUUUUCUGAUUUCUCGAUUCCGUUACAUUUCCGAAUCCAAAACAUUCGAGGCCUCUUUCCUCACAAAUAAUGUGAAAAAUUCAGCUUCAGAAAUUCCUAAAGCGCAUUUAUUAGAAAAGCUUUGUAAAUCGUCCUCAAGCUUUAGAGAAUUCUAGGCAAUAUUUGUGCUUCUGCGCUCAGAUAUUUUUUAAAAAAAUAAUGCUCAAAUAUAGUCCUUUGGUUUAAAAACAUCAGGCUUACCCAAAGGUUCUAAUUUAAGUUAUUCUGUCUGUCUUCAAAUCGACAAAACUUUAUUCUUUUGUUCAAACAAACGAUAGUUCUGUGCAAAAGUAAAUAAGGACAAGAAAACCGCUUUUAUGCCCACCUUAAUGGUAUAAUUGAUUGCCGCACAUAGAUUUACGCGUCAAACCAAUUAAAAUUACCCUCAUCUAUGCUGCAAUUUGGCUGGUAAAAUCAUCAACAUUUUGACUUUAUGAUUCUCUUUCUUUUCUAAUAUGGAUCCUAAAAGACUAACGGCAAUAAACGUCAUCUAAAAAUCUGUAUCUUUGCAAUAAACCUAACAUGGAAAUUGCCAUGUUUAUUUCGGCCGUGAUAUUAUAGAGUUAGAGCUGACUUAACGUCAUACCUCGAUAAACGCUGUUCACAAUAGAUACAACAGUAAAUGAAAAUGACCGACAUCGAUUUGUAAAACUAAAGAUGUGACAAGUUUUAUUACUUUGCUAACUAAGCAAGCGUAGCCAUUGUCAACUACUAACAAUCAGAUCAUCAAAUGGUGCUGGGUAUUAUAUGAAGAAUUAUGCUGAUUGAAUUGGCGGGCGUUAGUUUACAGCCUCCUUAAAUCUGUAUAAUUUUUCAUAUCAUACGAAAGACGAAUUCAAUUAUUGUUUUAUUAUUCAUUCAAAGUAUUUAUAGUAGUGAACUCUUUCGCUAUUUUCUUCGGUUCACUCAUGCCAAAACAGCAGGGCUGCCUCUCUGCUGACUAGGAACGAGGUUGCGAUUAUAUAUUGGGACAAUAUACCAUCAUAGUUCCCCUCAGGAAACAUUUACAUUCUCGGGAAACAAAAUUAACUGUUCCCCUCGUGUGUGUUUUUUUUUCUAUCUUAAAAGGUUGAAAUGUGUUUCUCGUAUGAAAAACGGCAAAGUCCAAAGUGCUUUUGUGCCUCCAAGACAUUCCAAGAGAGUGGAAAUCCAGUAUUUUUAACCCAGGCAGAUUCACCACAGACAAUCGAAAGGUAUGGAUAUACAUGAAUAGUGCGUGAGUAAUUAACGGUUUGGCAAGCACAGUUCAAUUUGCAAUUGCAAGUUUAAUAUUUUAUUUAGUUUGCUUUUAUAGAGAGCAGUUAAAUUUACAGGACUUGCUGUUGAACUAUAGCUUGCGUGGCAGGCGCCGGUUUGUUUAUGCGGUUUGCUUUUAUAGAGCGGGCGCAUCCACGAAAUUUCUUCGCCUUAAGAAAAAAAAAAACAGAGCCUGCUAAGCAUCCUGCUACUGAACUAUAGUUUUACAAAUUGUACCUGACUGCUGUGAGUAGUUAUCGGGCGGUAGAGCAUCAUUAUGAAUAUAUUGUUGCAUGGAGGUUUGUAUGGAACUGUCCUCACCCAGCCAAAGUAACGAGUGGUACCAGAAACUCAUAAGGGGUUGAAACGUGUAACUCGAGUUUAAUGCUCGUGACUUUUCAUUUUCCUAAGUACCGUAUUUGGAAACCCUCGCUGGGCCUCAGUUCCCUCAAAGACAACAACUUUGCACGGUUUUUUGUACAUAUCUUUGCCGUCACUGCACGACUACGACGUAAAAUUUCCUAGUUUCACGCUUUGUGGAGACUGAAAACACAAGGCAACGACUUUCUUUUCCUUUUCCUCGGCUUCGAUACAGUCUUAAGAACUCAACUCCAGGAAAAAUUUGCUAACAUUUUAACGAAAUGGAAUAAGCGCGAUAAAGUUUGGAGCAGCGCUAAUACACAAAUUGUGUACUCUCUUUUUUUUAUAUAAGAAUAUAUUUUAUAAGAAUAUCGAGGCUGAAAUUUGCGAAAUUUUAAGAAUAUUUUAAGAAUAAAGCCGAGGCUGAGAUUUUUAAAAGGAUAGAUAUAAUUUUGUGUGUUGAAACAUCUGUAAAUACAAUACAAUUUUAUGUUUUUAACUCAACCGUAUAAAAUUGUUCCUUUCCCUGAACGGCGAAACUAGCCAACAAAACGAAAAAACCUGCACUAGCUAUAGCAAAAUGUUCAACGCUAAUGACAGUUCGAUGAACGCUACAUGUAAUACAUGUACAUAUACCCCAAUAAAUUCUAAAACGGAAAUGUCAUAAGCUAUAAUUUAAGAAUAAUACUUAGUUUUAGGUGUUUUAUCGAUUGAAACGGUAUAGGGAUGGUAGUCUUGAGUUGCGAGAACCGGAAUUCGAAUUAUCGGGGUAAAUUUCAGUGAAAUUUUGAUCAAAAGAAACGAAAUUUAGUUCGAGUUAGCGGGGGGAGUUAGAGUUAUCCCAGUUCGAGUUCCGGGGUCCUACUGUAUUAAAUAAACCUUUUCCUUUCUGAUUAUAAGGCAACAAUACAAUUUAUCUUCAGUUGCAUUCUUCAGUAAUGCUUUUACUUUGCUUAUCAUGUCUUGAUUUCAUCAACCACUGAAAUCUGACGUUGAUUUCCUUAACUUUCCAAAGUUGACCUUAUGUUUCCGAAAAUGAUAUAAAUUAAUUAUUCUAAAAAGCACCGAAGCAUCCCGAAAGACUCCGAACUGAAACGUUCAAAUUUGACUUUUGGUUCGUUCACCCAAAUGGUUUUCUUUCAGGCUUCCAAGACUGACCUGUCAAUUACCAACCAACCAAAAGGAAGAUUCCCUCUCACCACACAGAAUAUCCAGUGAAACUUCGACUUGUUUUGUUACGGAGGAACAAGCAAAGCAAAACAGGGGCCCUCCAAGAAGGCGGGAAACAUGGAAUGGUAAAACAGUAACAAAACUAUGUGCUUCUCUGUCACUUCCUCCAAGGAUACGCAGCUUUUCCGAACAAGACGCGAGGUCUUCCGAACAAGAAGCGAGGUCUUCCGAGCAAGAAGCGAGGUUUUCUGGACAAGGCGCGAGGUUAAGUGAUGAUAUGCAAACUCAUCUUGCCCACCAAAAAGACGCGUGUGCUUCUGAAAAUGAUUCAACAACAACGGGAAUGCAGCAAAAUAGAAUUUGUAAGAUGGCCUUCCCAACAGCUGAAGAUGUGCAACGUGGAAAUUUUCUAUCUGUGCCAAAACUUCCAGUUCGUAGAGCAUGCUCUUUGAAUUCUUUAAAAUCAGUGGAGAGCCUCCCACCAGUUUUCAGGAACCAGGAUGGCCUGAUGGUGACUAAAAGCAGCGAGGUAGACUGGAAUGAAGAAGAGGUUGCACCUUAUCCUUUACCUAUUUGCAGCAAACAAGCAAACAAAGUUUAUCAGAGUCCUGACGGCACUGCAACUAAUAAGGACUUCCUACAGCGCCGACAUCGUCCCCUGAGAAGGCAAGAAAAUCUUCUUGAAGAUACUGCAAGUGUUGAUGCUAUUAGCAUCCUUUGUAAAAGUCCCAUCAAGUCGCCGAGGGCAUGCAGUAGAAGCGAAACGGAUGCGACAAGAAAGAUGUCCCUUAGACGCCAGUCAUCUCGUAUCCAAAAUGGCCACGAGGAAGAAGGCCAAGAGACAGCACUCGUGAAAGACACCUCCCUAAAAAAAGGAAAAAUCACUGCGAGAUCAAGUUCUCUGUCUUCUUUUUGUGCUCAAGAGGACAAACCAAGAAUGAAAGUAACAAAGAAAGGGAAGCAAGAAAGCCUUGAAGCUCGGAAAGAGGACCUCCCAGAGCCAUUGGACAAGUCAAAGUGGCUGAUAGCCCUGAAAAAGGUUUUUAACGUAAACAUGUUUUUAGGUGGAAUGGUGGCUCUUCAGAAACAAAAGGAAAGGGAUCGUUUGGCUGUGGAACAAAAACAGGCUGAGCUGGAGAAGCUUUACGAAGAAUUGAAGCAUUGCAGAUACCUACGAUUGCCUAGCGGUGAAGAUGACAAUAAACUAAAAGAUACGGUAGCUUGGGUGUUUAGCAAAGAAUAA